CUCUCCGAGAGGCUCUCGCCGGCAGGGCUGAGGAGCGCGGCGUCGGUGUCGGUGACGCCUGGGCGCGUGGCCGCCCCUCCCCUGGAGCUGGCCCGGCGGCCCUGAGUGUGCUCGUGCCUGCGGACGGCCCGCAGGAAGGCCGCGCCAGCAGGCGUGUCCCCGCGCCGCCAGAUGCCCGGGGCUGCCGGCCGUGUCUCCGUGAGUCGGGGCUGACCCGCCGGCUCACGCGUCGUCCGGCCGAGCCCUUUGCUCGGGGAAGCGGGAGGCCUGCCUGUGCCCGGCGCGCGCCGCGGCGCCAUGGCGGGCCCGGCCUCCCGCGCCCCUCGGCCAUCCCCGAGCACGAGGAGGCACCCCGGGCGGCCCCGCUGAGCGUGCGCCGCGCCGCCGCCGACGAGGCCGAGAGGGCCGAGUCCAGACUGCAGCGCAGGCGCAGCGACGUCAAAGUCUACAAGGAGUUCUGUGACUUUUAUGCGAAAUUCAACAUGGCCCACGCCCUGGCCAGCGCCACCUGUGAGCGCUGCAAGGGUGGCUUCGCGCCCGCCGAGAAGAUCGUCAACAGCAACGGUGAACUGUACCACGAGCAGUGCUUUGUGUGCGCCCAGUGCUUCCAGCAGUUCCCCGAGGGCCUUUUCUAUGAGUUUGAAGGAAGGAAGUACUGUGAACACGAUUUUCAGAUGCUCUUUGCUCCUUGCUGCCAUCAGUGUGGUGAGUUCAUCAUUGGCCGAGUUAUCAAAGCCAUGAAUAACAGCUGGCACCCCAAGUGCUUCCUCUGUGACCUCUGCGACAAAGUGCUAGCAGAUAUCGGCUUUGUCAAGAAUGCCGGGAGACAUCUGUGCCGCUCCUGUCACAAUCUUGAAAAAGCCAGAGGCCUGGGAAAAUACAUCUGCCAGAAAUGCCAUGCCGUCGUCGACGAGCAGCCUCUGAUAUUCAAGAACGACCCUUACCAUCCGGACCACUUCAACUGUGCCAACUGCGGGAAGGAGCUCACUGCUGAUGCCCGGGAGCUGAAGGGGGAACUCUACUGCCUGCCAUGCCAUGAUAAAAUGGGGGUUCCCAUCUGCGGCGCCUGUCGCCGGCCCAUUGAAGGGCGUGUGGUCAAUGCUAUGGGCAAGCAGUGGCAUGUGGAGCAUUUUGUUUGUGCCAAGUGUGAAAAACCAUUUCUUGGACAUCGCCAUUAUGAAAGGAAGGGCCUGGCAUACUGUGAAACCCACUAUAACCAGCUAUUUGGUGAUGUUUGUUUCCACUGCAACCGUGUUAUAGAGGGUGAUGUGGUCUCCGCGCUGAACAAGGCCUGGUGUGUGAGCUGCUUUGCCUGCUCCACUUGCAACACUAAGCUGACACUCAAGAAUAAAUUUGUGGAGUUUGACAUGAAACCAGUCUGUAAGAAGUGCUAUGAGAAAUUUCCAUUGGAGCUGAAGAAAAGACUUAAGAAACUAGCUGAGACCUUAGGAAGGAAAUAAUUUCCUUUAUUUUAUUUUUUCUCUUCUAUGCAAAGAUAAGAGAUUACCAGCAUUACUUGAUUUGAUCCACCUUUGUUUAAGGCUGUACCUCAAAAGAGUUGAGAGUGAAGAGGACCUAUAUGAAUGGUUUUUAUGUCCUUUUCCUCCUCAAAAAAGAAAAACAAUUUAUAAUCACAUAUGAAAUCAAGAUUUGCCUUUGUUAAUAACCUUUAUCAAUUUGUUGAGAUGUAGACUAAAAAAGCAAAAACACAUGGUUAAAUGUUAAAUUUUAAUUAAGGCCCCAAAAAUUAAUAUAACGUUUAAAAAUGAAAGAAAAGAGCUUUUACUGACUCAAAUUAAAAAAUAUAAACAUUAUCUCACUUUGUACUCAACAGAAAAUUCUAGCUGCUGUUGGGAAGGAUAUAGGGAAGAAAAAUAACCAACCAUGAAAAACAAAUUUUACAGAAUCUUAAUAUGUUAAUCAGACUAAUAGCAGUUAAAUGGAUACACACAUUACUAAGGAAACAAGUGUAUUCAGAACUACUUGAUUUUGUUUGUUUUUUAUUAAAUACAGCAAUUGCUUUGCUUAGUUUUAUAUUUUGUUCUCCUUCUGAACUUCUUUCAUACAAUUAACCACAGUAGUUCUAGCUCGCUAAUGGUAUGACUUUAAACUUUGUGCAAAAAAAAAUUUAUACUAGUUAUUUGAAAAUACAGUAUACUUUACAAUAUUGGAAAAAUGAAGUAUUUUUAAUGUAUUACAGCAAUUAUGCUUCUCAGCUUAAGGUCAAAGAUAUAGUCUUACAAUAGGACAUGAAAUUAAAUUUUAUGUAGCUUGUAAUAUAUCACUUUAAAAAAUGAAUGUAUACAUAUUGAUUAUAUUGUCUUUAUAAUCAUGUUAACAUUUAUGAUUCAUACAUAGCCAACUUGCCUUGCCUUAGAAAAAGAUAUGCUUUAAUCAUGAAUUCUAGCUGUUUCCUAGAGUACCAAAUAAACAUUAGUGUAGUAACUGAGAAUUAUAAACCCAAACUCAUUUAUCACAGCUAUGAUAGUAUUUUUAAAAAACUUUUUCUUUUACUGAGAAACACAUUGUGUCAUCUUAUUAGAAGAGAAUGAUGCUAAUAGGUAUUUUUCAAGUUUUUUUUCAAAUCUCAUAAUAAAUUGAGUUUUAUUUAUUUUAAGUAGGAGGUAUAAAUUACACUUAGUUUGGAAGAGGGAUGUUUAAAUGUCAGUUUUAGAUGAAAAGUAGUGAAUUAUUCUACUUUAUCAAAAUUUUAUCCUGAAGUUUCUGGACUAUUACUUCUCAAUAAACUUGUGUAAAGAAAAUUUUUUCACAUUUUUUAAAAUGUUGCUGCUGCUGUGUUAUCACUUAAAAGAGAGUUGCCAAGAUGGACAUCUAGGGGAAAAUGACUGAUUUUUCCAAAAAUAGUUGAAGUACCGUUUUGCUGUUAAAAAAAAAAAUCUCAGGAUGGUACCACUGUACCAUUAAAUAUUUGUAUGCAUGUGUUUUUAAGUUUAUGCCUGUCCUUUACAGAGCAAACUUCUUUUGGUUUUCAAAUAAUUUAUAUCCAACUACUUUAUUAUUUAGUGUUCUUUUACAGUUCUAAGAAUUAUAAAUUAUUGAAAAUCAUCAAAAUAUAUAGUGUAAGACAGUAAGUGCUCAGAAGUUUAAACCAAUCUUCUCAUUUGACAGCAGGAAUCAAAGUCCCUUCGGUGUGCCUUUGUCAACUAAAAUAAUGACCAGCAAAAAACCUUGAAAGUACUUAUUAAUAUUAUGCUAUGGAUACAGGCAUAGUACAGGACUGACAGCAUAUCGUCUUGAUGCUAAAUUCUUGCUUCUUAAAUACCCCUACAACAGAAAUAUGGAGCAGAAAAGCUAAUUCAUCCACAUUCUUAGUCACCUUGACAACAGCGGUAUUCUUGAGUCCCCACAGCCUGACUCAGCUUUGUUUCUGCCUCUCCUGCAGACAGGGGCCCGCUGCUGUCUUUGCUCACUCCUUUCUUCAAAUAGGAGUAUCUCCUGCAAGUUCAGCGGGGGUUAAGCCUUGCAUUUUUUCUUCCUUGGAGCCCUUACCUGUGGGAAGGGAGGAAGAAGUGGAAAAGCUCUAAGUGGAUUAGAAAACAAACAUGGCUUAGUUCAUAAUGUUGUUCGUGGAGCUUUGCCUGACUGUGGAAAACCUCAGGCUAGUAAAUAAGUAUCUUUGCUUAAAUAAUUCAUUGUUCUUACUGAAUUCCUAAGUGCUCUUUUCUUACCAAACCUAAUAUUAAUUGGUGAAUAAUCUGGGUACAAGUAAAACAUUCUUUGGAUCAUGUUCAAAGUCUUACUAACAUUGUACCUGAAAUGAUAGGUCACUUUGCGGCACUUACUUGCCAAAAUACCAUUUCUAAGUUAAGGAAAUUUUGAGGUAGGCUUACAGCAUCCUUGUUGUAUUUCAUUUUAGAUUGUAAGCUCAAUGGCAGGGACACUAUAUCAAUAAUUGUUUUUAUAUAGCAACCACUGCGGUAUACUCGGUGCAUAAUAAAUGUACAUAACAAUAA